AUAGGGAGAGGAGAAGCAGCGGAGAAGCAGCGGAGGAGCGGAGAAGCAGCGGAGAAGAAUGUUAUUGCGCAAAUAUUUAAUGUGGAUAAGAAGUGGAUAAGAUAUGACAAAAGAUGGAGGAGAACAGCCCCUCUCCUAAUCAGAUUAACGGAUAAGGAGUGGAUAAGAAUAAUAUCUUUGAUUUGCAAAUCUAAAGGACAUCGUUGGUUUGCAUGAUUAAAGGACGCUAUCCUAUCUUUAGCUGCGCUCUUUUUUUUUGGCGGGAACUACUUCACUCUUUUUUUUGGCGGGAAUUUCUUCAUGUUCUGGGGGGAUAAGAACAAAAUACUAAAAUAGUAUUUUCGUCGAAUACUCUUAUCCGCCAAACAAAAAUAACAAAUCGUCACUCUGUGAAGGGUUAAAAAAAAAAGAAAAUCGUCCCUCUGCGAAGCAAAAAAAAAAAAGUCGUUGCCAGGAGUAAGAGCGCUCUCUCUUCGUGUUAACCGUUACGCCAAUUAACGGAGAUGUCAAUGAAAAUUCGACGAGGCCUAGUAGUGCGACCGGAGCUCAGCUCGAAGCCCGACAAUGCCAAAAGUGUAAUUGGCAAUUUGCCGAAAAGGACAGAAGGAAAAACCACCACCAUAAUGUCGACGACUUUGACAAACGGGAUCGGGAGGGAUCCGGACAGCAAGAAGAAGAAGGCGAAGAGCACGACGAAGACGAAGACGAAGACGCAGAUGAUUGCCGAGUGCCCAUUGCCAUCGCCAUCGCCAUCGCUAUCGCCAUCGUCAGGGCUGCAUACAUCGUCAUGUCCAGAUUCGUCGUCUUGGUCGAUUCCGAAAAAGCGCACGCGAAAAGAGGUGGUGGUCGUCGUCGAACGCAAGACCGGAAGUUCGAUAACACCGAGUCCCCGACCGAGGCCGGCGACCGUUGAUCCACUGAUCACAUCGACCCUCAGGAAAAAGCGUAAGCCAUCAGGCGAUGUCCAAGUUCUCAGACUGGAUUCCCCCUUGGAGCUGCGGAACAGACUGGAAGUGCUAACAUCAACCACACAGUGUAACACUGUGUCUUCAAGUACCCCUGCACCUGUGGGAGCUGAACUCUGCCAUCAUGAUCAUCCUAGCUGCAUUCUUGCGUCUGCUGCUGCCGUCCAAAGACUGCAGGGAAAGGAGCAGCAGCCACAGGUAGAGGUUGUGGUGAAGGCAGAAGGUGAGCAACCUUCUACCUCCAUUACCCCCCCUCCACCUCUGACUGCUACUCAGAGGCUGAAGAAGGAGGCAGAAGAGGAGCUCAAGCUGCAACAGGCCAGAGUAGCUGAAUUGGCACGACAGGAGGCUGCUGAGCUAGAGGCUGCAACAAAUCACUCCAGAAGGGAGUAUCUGUUGCAGCAGCUAGAGAGGUCACUCACUGAUGACUGUUGUGCCCAGAUCACCAAGCAUAUGGUUGAGAUGAUCCUGCUGGAGCACAAGAUCACCAGCUCCCAGUUCACAAACUGGGAUGACCGUUUUGUGCGGCUGGAGCAUCGGGUUGACGAGCUGUCAGCUCAGCAGUCCAAGAUCCUGGAUGCUAUCCAGGGCUUGUCUGCUCAACUGGCAGCCGCCAAGCUGAUUACUCAACUCCCUCUGCUGCAACCCAAACCCUCUCCUCCUCCUUCACAACCUCCUUCCCCUCCUCCAUCCCAUGCUGGAUCUGCACAUUCCUCCCGGUCAUCUACCCCUUCCCAAAAGGCCUCAGUAAAGGCCACCUAUGCUGCUGUGACUGCAGCAGACAGAGGUCCCAAGAUCCCUGAUCCCAACAAGUUCAGGGGCGAUGACCCCAAGACUGAUGUUGGGGACUGGGCUGCUGGGACCAGAGCCUACUUGAGGGGCUUUGUCUGUGCAGAACAAACCAAGGUGGCAACUGUUUUGGGGCUGCUAGAAGGGCCUGCACUGAAGUGGGCUACCUCAACUUCCAGCAGUCUGCAGCAGUCCAUGGAGGACUGGGCCUUUGGAUUGGGGGUAGACAGACUUCUGCAGGCCCUGGAGGACCCGUUUGCAGACAAGGAGCGGGCCCGCAAGGCUGCUGACAGGAUUGCUCGCCUGGGACAACAACGAUAUAGCGGUACCCUACACGCCUUGUUUGCUGAGUUCGAGCAGGUCACCUCCACCCCUGGGCUGGUCAUGGCACCUGAUGAUAUGUUGACCAGCUUUUGCAGGGCAGCGCCUGAGAAGUUCGCUGUUGCACUCUACAGCGCUGGGUACAAGGACUGGAGGAUGUUCCCUGCUGAGCUUGAGGAGCUCAGAAAACAGCUUGAGACCCUGACCAGCAAAGGCUGGAUCAGACCCAGCACAUCUGAAUUCGGUGGGCCUGUUCUCUUUGUACCUAAAGGGAACGGUGAGUUCAGGAUGUGCAUCGACUACAGGGGCCUCAACAAGAUCGCUAGGAAGAGUACUGAGCCACUUCCUAGGAUCGAUGACCUCCUGGACAUGGUGCAGGGCUGCACAGUGUUCAGCAGACUCGACCUCAAAUCUGGCUACCACCAGAUUGAGAUGGCAGAGGAGGACGUCUACAAGACAACCUUCAAAACCAGGGAACAUGCGGAGCAUUUGGCUCGUGUCCCUCAGUCGUUACGUGACAGCCAGUAUAAGAUCAACAGGGAGAAAUCCUCUUUUGGAGUUCCCUCUGUCAUCUAUUUGGGUCAUGUAAUCUCUGGAGAUGGCCUGGCUCCUGAAGCAGCCAAGAUUGCUGCUAUUCAAGAGUGGCCUCAGCCUCAGACAGUGAGGGAUGUCCGGUCCUUCAUGGGUCUAGCCUCCUACUACAGAAAGUUUGUCAGGAACUUUUCUGCAGCGGCGGCACCCCUAACCAACCUAGCAAAGAAGGACACUCCCUUUCUUUGGUCCCUUCACUGUCAGUUGGCCUUCACACGACUCAAGAAGGCCUUGACUCGUGCGCCUGUUAUGAAGUUACCUGACCCCACUUUGCUAUUCAUCCUGACUAUUGACGCCAGUCAGUAUGGCAUUGGGGCUGUACUUCAGCAGGAUGAUGGGAAUGGUCUACGACCUGUAGAGUUCAUGAGUAAGAAGAUCAAGACUCAAAAGCUCCAGGACUCUACCUACGAGAAAGAGCUAUAUUGGAAGCACUUUCUCCUGGGCAGGCACUUCAAGAUCUCUUCAGAUCACUCUACCCUACAGUGGAUGAAGUCCCAGGGAGAGUUGAAUGAUAAGUUGGCACGGUAUAUUCAGUUCAUCGACAUGUUUGACUUUGAACUGAAGCAUAAGAAGGGUUGCUACAAUAAGGUAGCAGAUGCCCUCUCUCGUAGGCCUGACUCUUUUGCUCUGAUCUCCUCUACUCACUCCUUUGGAGAGGAGACCCGUCAGACUAUUGCUCGUCUACUGCCUCAGGACGAGACUUUCGGACCCAUUGUCAGGAAUCUGCAAGCAGAUCCUAACUCUGAACCAGGCUAUGCUAUGAGUUCAGACCUGCUGUAUACCUGUAGUAGGGGUGAGGAGCGCUUGUGUAUUCCUCAGGACCAGUGGCUCAGGACACUGCUGAUGUCUGAGUGUCACGAUGCCCGUGGACAUUUCGGGUUCCUAAAGUCUUAUGCAGCCCUGUCGCAGCGCUUCUUCUGGAAGGAGAUGCGGAGUGAGAUGCUGCGUUAUGUGGACACCUGUGAGCUCUGCCAAAGGAACAAGGUUCAGCGUAAACCUCCUUUGGGACUGCUCAAACCCUUACCCAUACCUGAUGGCCCUGCCCAAUCUGUGUCGAUUGACUUCACAGAUUUAGGCAAGACCACCCCUCGUGGCAUGCGUCAGGUUAUGGUCUGCGUGGACAGGUUCUCCAAAUACGCAAAGUUCAUCCCCUUGCCAGAGGUAGCUAGGGUACCGGCUGUGAGAGCAGACUUUUCUGAGAGUGGUGGUUCUCCAGAUGUCAAAACUGGCAGAGAGAUGGAAAACCAGGAGAUCAGCGAGCAGGAAUCCGUUACGUCACUUCGACAUCACGAGGUUAGCGAGCCUGAGGAGAGCCUAACAGAGACGGGAAGAUGCCACAUAGGCCAAACUCAAUUACCAAGGAGCCUCAUCAUUAUCUCUUCACAGUCUGCAGUGCGAGCGCCAAGUCUAACUCCUCCUCCUCCUCCUCCUCCUCCUCCUCCUCCUCUUUCUCCUUCUCCUUCGCCGCCGCUUCCUUCUUGUCCUCUGCCGCCUCAUCCCGCUCCUCUUCCUACCUCUCCCAUAACUGAUACUGCUGCCUGGCCAGAUGUCAAUCUGAAGGUCACCGUGAUGGAUACUAGGGAGGCUACAGGGUCAAUGAUGUCUACGAGUAACAGCGACUCACUCUCGCUUACGGCGAUUGGGAAGGACCCAAGGCCACAGGACAGUGGUGAAAACUCAGUCCCAGUCCCAUCGACCAGUGGCAAGCACUCGUUGCCGGCGCCACCUGCUACUAGCAGGCAUUCGAUGCCAGCUGCUGGUAGCAGGGAGUCGACACUACGAACGGACUCAACGGAACCACCCAGUAGCAGGGAGUCUACACUGUCUGACGGAACUGCGAGGCCUAAGCCACCUGCUGGCAGUAAGAGGGACAGAACACCUCUGCCAGAUUUGAUGUUGCCUACCCGUAGCAAGAACUCAACAACAGAGAACACAGAUGCCGUCAACAGCAUGGCAACAUCGACGGAAUCCGAGGCGAAACCGAAGCGAAGUAGUGCUAACAUCGUGAUUCGGUGCGGAGCAACAGUAGUCGCAAAGCGGUCCUCGGGAGAACUGUCCGCGGCUGUGAGGAAUUCGCUCAGGGAAGGCCAAGCUGUACAGAAGACGAACGAUGCUGCCAAAGGCAAGGUUGCGAGGGCGCACAAGGCGAGUGGAUGUGCCCAGUCUGAGGAGAAGAGCAAAAGCUGCAAAACCAAGGGGUAUCGGAUAGGCCAAGAGAAAGUCGCAAAAAUGACACAAACGCGGCGGAAACUAGACUACUCGUCGAAAACUGGAACCAGUCGUCAGCAGCAGCAGCAUCAGCAGCAGAAGGAGGAGGAGGAGGAGGAGGAGAAGAAGAACGCGGCUCAAAGUGCGGGCAGUGAAAUCCAUGGGUCGAACCUGCAUCGAGACGAUUUGUCAGCAAAAUCGAAGACACAGGUUUCCGAUAACGAAGUAGUACCAGAGGAGUGUGCGGCAGAGCAGCCAGUGCUGUCUGCAGCUCCUGAACCAGAGGAGAGCAAAGGCGCGGCGGGUAAGGUCAGAUAUGAUGACGACGAGGCUACCGUUCUUCCUUAUGACGACGACGACGAGGCUAGCGUUCUUCCUUAUGAAGACGACGACGAGGAGGAGGCUAUGCUGAUGGUGGCCGCCUCCAGUCCCACCACAGUCCACACGGAGGGUAUCGAUGAGAGAGACGGUAAACAGGGUGGAGCAGCUGCCGAGGAAGAUGAUGAGUUGGAUGAUUUCAAUCCAUAUUCGUUCAUCCGGAGACUGCCAAAACUAUCACAAGUUGUAUCUCAGGAUCGGCCGAAACUGCUCCCAAAGCGAGCCCGGAAAUCCCCACCUAUCUCUCUUGUGCUGGAUCUGGAUGAGACGCUGGUUCACUCGACGCUGGAGAUUUGCAAACAUGCGGACUUCUCUUUCCCUGUCAAUUUCAACAACCAGCAUCAUACGGUAUAUGUGCGAAGGCGUCCGCAUUUGCAGGCCUUCAUGGAGCGUGUCGCGGAUUUAUUUGAGAUAAUUGUGUUCACGGCUUCACAGAGCGUGUAUGCAGAGCAGCUUCUGAACAUCCUCGAUCCACAGCGAAAGCUCAUCCGACACCGGAUUUUUAGGGAGGCCUGCAUUUUUGUUGACGGCAACUACCUAAAGGACUUGAGCAUCCUCGGACGGGAUUUAGCGAAGGUUGCAAUUAUCGACAAUUCACCACAAGCAUUUGGCUUUCAGGUGGAUAACGGAAUUCCGAUUGACAGUUGGUUUGACGAUCCGUCGGACUGUGCUUUGCAGUUGAUUCUCCCAUUCUUGGAGACUCUUGUGGGCGUUGACGAUGUCCGCCCUGUCAUUGCAAAACAGUUCAAUCUGCGGCAGAAGAUUGCCGCAGCGGCAAGGUAAACUCCCCCGCAACAUUCUGCAAACAGGUCGACGAUCUGUCCAGGACAUCGCCUUGCAGUUCAUUCUCCCAUCCUCCUCAGAAAAUCUCCCAGGCGUCGAUGAUGAUCUCCGGCCUGUCAUUGCAAUGCAAUCCCAUCCGUGAGGGAGACAAUUACUGCGACGCAAGCUACACAACGCAAUUCCGUCCUGUCCGUGGGAGAAGACUGCAGCGACGGCAAGGUGACUUUCUUCCCAGAUUCUCUGAGCUGAUGAUCUACAGUGCUGGCCUCCGUCGAACGCAAACAUCGGUCAGACCUAUAGUAAACAGUCGGGCGAAGA